AUGAACCAGCCAGACCAACUGAAGCAUAACAUCACAGAGGAUGCUCUGAAGAAGGGCGAAAAGGCACGGCGAUCCCAGCUCCUUCCGUACCUACGCAUAUGCCCCAACGCCAAUGGCACCAUCUCCAGAGGCCCCAGUCCCAACCGGGGCGCCUCAGUCCGGGACGUCGAGGCCAUCGGCCCAGACUCGGAAAGUAAGCGCGAAUGGCAGGAACGACGGGGCAUCGACACGUCCAAGCAGGUCCGCAUCGUCAAGCUGAACCACAUGCGCUAUCAACAUCCCGACCUGAACAAGGCGACGACGUUUUUGAGAGACUUCGGCAUGCACGUCGUGAAAAAGGGCGACAACGAGCGCUGGUUCCGCGGCUACGGGCCGGACCAGUACGUCUACUACGCGCGCCAGGGGCCCAAGAAGUUCCUGGGCGGCUCCUUCGAGGUCGAAUCCAAGGAAGAACUCGAAAAGGUCCUCAAAAUCGAGGGCGCCACCGUGCUCACGGACGGGAUCGAGGAGAUGAAGGACGCCCCGGGGGGUGGGUUCAUCGUCUCGAUCGCCGACCCGGAGGGGUUCCCCGUGAAUUUCAUCUGGGGCCAAGCAGAGGUCAAAGAGGAGCGGGCCAAGCCCGUGAAAUUGUUGGUCAAUGACGAGACCGACAAGCCGCGAGUCAAGGCCUUUCAGCGGUACGAGCCCGGGCCGGCGGCCGUGCAUAAGCUCGGCCACUUCGGCAUCAACGUCGACGACUUCCCCGCCCAGAUGGACUGGUACACGCGCAACUUCAACAUAUACCCAUCCGACAUCCUCUAUGUAUCUGAAGAAAAAGUCGACGAGGCGACGGGCAAGGCUGCGCGCAAGGAAGUGGCCCUCUUCGGAUCCAUCGACCGCGGCCAGACGCCCGUGGACCACCACACGUUCUUCAUGACCACGACGGUGCCGGGGAAAGACAAACACGUGCACCAUUCGAGUUACGAGGUGCAUGACUUUGACACACAGCUCCUGGGCCAUCAGUGGCUUGCGGAGAAAAAGUAUGAGUCCGUCUGGGGUGUUGGGCGGCAUAUCCUGGGCAGCCAGAUCUUCGAUUACUGGUGGGAUGUGACCGGGUUUAUGGUCGAGCAUUAUGCCGACGGGGAUCUCGUCAAUGAGGAUACUCCUGUGGGGUAUGGGCCCGCUGAGCAUGAGGGGUUGGCUGUCUGGGGCCCCGAGGUGCCGUCUUCGUUCUUGGAGUGA